ACUGCUCAAUACAAAAUAGUUAUUUAAAGUGACUGUAAUUUCUGUAACCAUAGGCUAAAUACCACAUUGACCCUAUAUAUUAUGUAUGAGUGUAUGUGUGUACAGGUCUUGCUAUACUUAUAGUACAGCAGUAUAUACUAAUAUUCAGUGAAACUAUGAGGACUUGCAGGAAAAUACAAAGACAAAUAAUUUUAGUCAUGCUACAUCGUGUCCACUCUGCCAGCAUAGAAACAUUUAAAUACAUAAUAAAUAAAAACAUAAAAAUAUAAUCCUAAGAAAUAAAUGUGUUUGUUUUUAACAAAAAUGUGUGCGUGUGCGUACCACGCCCACUGUAGACUCUGGAAGAUUCUUACUGGACGCAACAGUUUCUCUUAAAGGGGCGACCGCUAAAUUAGAGGCGAGCACAUCAGAUUGAGGGGACCACCAACAGUCUCUUCCGCUUUAACGUCGUCUGACAGUAAAUAUCCAGUAGUGUCGGCGCUCGACCACUUCAGCCGCAGAUCUUGUCUCUUUCUCCGGCAAUGCAUCUGUUCGCUGUCUCUCUGCUGCUUCUGCUCUGGACCGGCUCGGUUCGCUCUUAUUUCCCGGAGGAGCGCUGGAGCCCGGAGUCCGCGCUGCUCGCACCGCGGGUCCUGGUCGCGUUGGUGUGCCGCAACUCCGAGCACUCGCUGCCGCACGUCCUCGGUGCGAUCGACCGCCUCAAAUACCCCAAAGAUCGCAUGGCCUUGUGGGUGGCAACAGAUCAUAAUUCUGACAACACUACUGAGCUUCUCAGGGAAUGGCUUAUAAACGUCCAGAACUUUUAUCAUUAUGUGGAGUGGAGACCACAGGAGGAGCCCAGUUUAUAUGAGAACGAGAGUGGACCGAAGCAAUGGACUGACCCUCGAUAUGAACACGUGAUGAAGCUGCGGCAGGCGGCGCUGGAGACGGCUCGUGAGAUGUGGGCCGAUUAUUUUCUGGUGGUGGAUUGCGAUAAUUUGCUGACAAACCGAGACGUUUUAUGGAAGUUGAUGAAGGAAAAUAAGACCAUUGUUGCACCCAUGCUGGAGUCCAGAGCUGCGUACUCCAACUUCUGGUGCGGCAUGACGUCUCAGGGUUACUACAGGCGGACGCCCUCUUACAUGCCCAUCAGGAGGCAGGAGAGAAAGGGGUGUUUUGCUGUUCCAAUGGUUCACUCCACGUACCUGGUGGAUCUGAGGAAGGAGGCGUCCCGUCAACUGGCCUUCUACCCACCUCACCCCGACUACAGCUGGGCCUUUGAUGACAUCAUUAUAUUUGCGUUCUCUGCCCGGAUGGCAGAUGUUCAGAUGUACAUCUGCAACAAAGAGACUUAUGGAUAUUUUCCUGCACCCCUGCGUUCCCAUAAUACACUGCAGGAUGAGGCAGAAAGUUUUCUUCACUCUCAGCUGGAGGUUAUGGUGCGUGGACCUCCAGCAGAACCAUCUGUCUAUCUGUCUGUUCCUCAUAAGCAGCCUGAUAAACUGGGUUUUGAUGAGGUGUUCAUGAUAAAUCUGCGCAGACGCGCUGAUCGCAGAGAGCGCAUGCUGAGGACUCUGUAUGAACAAGAGAUCGCAUGCAAGAUCAUCGCAGCUGUAGAUGGCAAGGCAAUAAAUGCGAGUCAGAUUCAAGCCAUGGGCAUUGAGAUGAUGCCUGGAUACAGUGAUCCGUACCACGGACGGCCGCUCACUAAAGGAGAACUGGGCUGUUUUCUGUCACAUUACAACAUCUGGACUGAGAUUGUGGAUCGGGGGUUGAAGGUGUCUCUGGUGAUCGAGGAUGAUUUGCGUUUUGAGGUUUUCUUCAAACGCCGCCUGCAGAAUCUAAUGCACGAGAUUGAAACUCAGAAGCUGGAUUGGGACUUAAUUUAUAUUGGAAGGAAGAGGAUGCAGGUGGAUCACCAGGAGAAGUCUGUACCCAGAAUCCACAACCUGGUGGUGGCGGAUUAUUCCUAUUGGACGCUGGGCUACAUGAUCUCAUUAAGUGGAGCUCAGAAGCUCCUGCGAGCAGAACCCCUGAAGAAGAUGCUGCCGGUGGAUGAGUUCCUUCCUGUCAUGUACAACAAACACCCAGUUGAGGAGUACAUGUCUCACUUUGAACGAAGAGACCUGCGGGCUUUUUCGGCCGAGCCUCUGCUGGUUUUCCCCACGCACUACACGGGUGACCCAGGCUACAUAAGCGACACAGAGACAUCCACCGUCUGGGACAACGAGACCGUGCACACCGAUUGGGACCGAGCGCGCUCACGAAAGAGUAACGAGCAGGAGGAGCUGAGCACUGACGCUCAGAAUACAGACGUGCUACAGUCCUCGCUGGACAGCACGGCCAGAGAGGAACUCUAAGACCUCCUUAUACACUUUAAUAAGUAUUGACUGUUUCAUCUAACACAAACUAUUAACAAUGUGUUGGGAACAUUGAAGAUGCUGCGUCUACGAAUUUAAACAGAAGCAGAUUUUUAACAGGGAAAGGAACCCAAGUGAAGCUGGUCAUCUUGCAGUCUUGCACCAAGACACAGGGUCAGUUUAAAAUGUGAUCUACAUAUUUCACGUGAUCUUGAUUUGAUGCAUAUUGUUUUGUGAAAUCACUACAGGAGCAACGACGACAGUCAACACAUUAUGGUAUGUUGAAUGAUCAGGUUGACAUGUUUAUAAUCUCUGUACUGAGUGAUGAUUUUAACCUGAUCUCGUGGGUCAGAUAGAAAGCUUGUCAGGGAUCCUGGCCAAUCUUUCGCGCUCAUAUGUGACUUUACUUUAUUGUCUCGUUCUGAGGAUAACUUAAGAACAUUUUAUUACUGUGAGCAUUUUAUUUUCUGUGUAAAGCCUUUUAGUGUGGAUAUAGGCUACGUUAUCCAGACAUCAUUGAGCAUAUAACAAAAUUCACUCUUGAUAGUAUGUGAGGUGACCCUGCUUGCAGAUGACUAAUUUAUUGCUUGUUCAGCUGAGAUCUUCACAAUGUUAGUAUAAAUACAGACUUGAUGGUUCUGUCUGUUUUUGUCACUGUCGCAAUCUAUCGCUCAUGAUGUGAAUAGCAGGUGUAGAGCUCUGUUAUUAUUUAGCCUCUUUCAUUUGAUUUUAUUUGCCAUAAGAGAUUAUUUUGUAAUAUGGAAACUUUAUUAAGAAAGAAUCUAAGAAAUAUAUGUUAGAAAAUCACAAAGUGAAAGCUGCUCUAAUAAAACUUACUUUGGUAACACCUAAAAGUGUUUUAUAAACUUAUAUUUUUUCACUUAACGGAAAAAUCUAGGGUGAAAUAAAAAGGUUAAAAUUACUUAAAAUGGUAACACCAUAAAUAUAAAAACUUAAAGUGAGAAAAUUUAAGUUGAAAUAACUCAGAUUUUAGGCAUUACCAGUGGAAGUAUUUUUUAAAGUUGAUCCAACUUUUACUUUUUACAGUGUGUUGAAAAGCAACCUAGUGAAAAGACCAGUUAAAAGCUUAGACUGGUUUUAGCUGGUCUUUUCAGUAGAGAAAACAAGACUUUGUAUUUUUCCUUUGUCCAGUUUCUUUUGAUUUUCUUUUUGUUUGUUACGUGUGUCUUAUACAUGUGUGUCCAAAAUGUGUGUUUUAUACCAAAGAAUAAAGUUAAUACAAUUUGUUUUGAAAUACUA